AUUUCAGACUUCAGAAAAGCAUUUCAACUUUUUGACAAAGAUGGCAACGGAAAAAUAACCGCGGACGAGCUUUUCGACGUCAUGCGAUCUUUGGGUCAGAAACCAAGCGACAGUGAAGUGGAGGCCAUGAUUCAACAAGCUGAUCAAGAUGGUAACUAGUCAGACUUAAACACAUUUAUAUGCUCGGGAGGGGGAGUAGGAGGAUUCGGGUCACUCGUCGUUUUCAGGAGCACCCAACGAAGGUUUUCUGGCAAAUAUCUGUUCGGAGCCCUCUAGAAUGGCUAAAAUUUUCGAGAGCCCAAGAACAGCUAAAAAUUUCGAAAAUGUUUCGUGGUGACUGUUCGUUGGACUCAGAGUUUCGGGAUUUGUGUGGUUUGUUCACCUAAGAAUUUCGGAUUUUGUAGUAAUUUCUAGAUCACCUAGAAAUUUCGUAGCUUUCGUAGUAAUCUCUAGAUUCUGAUUUCGGCACCUAGAAAUUUCGUAGCUUUCGUAAACCAAGAAUAGCAAAAUUUUUAAACCCGGCUGACAGUCUCAUAAGCGAACAUUUCACACAACUGAUUUAAAACCCAACGACCCUUUUCUGAGGGUACCAGGCUUACCGGUUACGCGUACGCGAGCGCAUCGCGUGAAUAGCGCCUGUCAGUCCUGUGUAUCGGUCGAUGGACACUCAGGACAGUAUCGUAGCAGGACUACGGAUGGAGGGAUAACCCAGACAACGCUAUUGUAGCACUGUUCUCGGCAUCGCAUGUAUCAGAUCUACUUAAUUUUAAUAAAGCCACAUUUCUGACAUUUACAGUUACAGUCCGGCUGUGUAGAAAAUAGGCAACUUUCAUCGUUUCAGUGAAGUUUAGCCCGCGAAAACAGACGUUUUUCCAGCGUUUUUUUCUUUGCUCGCUCAUCGCUACCUGGGGGGUCUGUGGGGAGGGGGGUUGGGGGCGAGGAGCGAGGUCAAACAGGGUACAAGACGUUUGAAACUGGAUUUAAAAUCACUUAAAUGCCUUUCCUUUUGUUCGUAUUUUUGUUCUUCUUAUUUUUUUAUUAUAAUUAUUCUUAUUAUUACACCUAGAAUUUUCUAUACAUUCUACGUCGCCCGAGAAAAUUCGAAGACAUUCUCACGAUAGAUAAAGUUUUCGGAGAAAAUUUGAAAGGACCCCUAAAAAUUUCGGCUAAGGGAAAAGCUCGUCAGGUAAUCUCACGUUUUCGGAAAGCUUUCACUGUAGGCUGUUAUUUUCGGGAAACGCGAAAAACAGCCCUAAAAAAUUCGAGAGGUUCAAACCACUCCUAGGACGACCGAACAGAUCAAAUUUUUUUAGCGAUGCGAAUUAUUCAUUUAUAUUGCUUUUAAAGCACUUCAGGAUGCAUAACGAGCCAUUUCAGAUCAUUUCCCAGAAAACGGUCGUUGGGUGCCCCUGCGUUUUGGAUGGGGAGCUAGGUAAACCUACUUCACUUCCGGUGGAAAAAAGUAUAAUGAUGUUUUCCGGUAUGUGUAUUCUUUGAGAAUGCGCAGAAAAAAAAACAAUUUAAGUCAAAAUCGUUCUCCUAUACUCGUACUCGUCCUCGAAUCUACAGCUAAAUCUUAAGGUCUCUCUGUUAGUGGAUUUUUAUCACUUAGAGAAUACUAUUCUAACUAUAAACACACUGCGGAAACAAUUGCACCCAGCUGAAGCUAAACCUGUACACUAACGAGUAUUAGAGUAUAUUUCCAGAAACCCCUUACUCCUAAAACAGUCGUGGAAAUUAUGUGAAAAAGAUUACCUAAACCUGUUGUGCCGUGACAACGUUUUCGGGAUCUUUUACUGUAAAACUAUUUAACUUGUUUUGUCAGUUUGCUUUUGCUUGUUGUGCUUGCUUGUUUGUUUGUUUGUUGUUAACGCUUGUUAACGUUUGUUUUGAUUAGGCGAUGGGACGAUAGAUUUUUUAGAGUUCCUAGAAGUUAUGGCGAGCAGGAUGGGUGAAAACUCGUUUGAAGAUGACAUGAGAGAAGCUUUUCAAAUGUUUGACCGAGACUGCAAUGGGUAUAUAUCCAAGAGAGAGUUAAAGUUCGUCAUGAUCAGCCUUGGUGAACAGAUUACUGAGGCUGCGGUGGAGAACAUGAUGAAAGAAGUCGACUUGGAUGGUGAUGGCAGAGUAAACUACGAAGGCGAGUAG